GACCUGGCGGCUUUGAAACUACAGCUCGCGAAGUUGUGGGACCGGGAGCCAGACGAGCAGGCAGGUGAGGCCGGGUCGAAGCUUCAGCCGCACGAAGCAGAGGCUGGACCUCGCGAUAUGUGGCAGAGCCAGAAACAAGCAUUCCGCGAGGCGGCGGCGAACGAC